AUUUGCCAAGGCCGGAAACGGAGCGAUGGCAUCGGACGAGGAGCGCGACGUCACGUCGCCCGAGAUGACGCCGGCGCAGCGCAAGCUGUUUGAGAUCCGCAUGAAGAUCAACGCUGGUCGCAAGCAGACCAAGUCGCAGGUCGAAGAGGAACACAAGCGGUCGCAGCUACCGCCAGGUAAGGCCAAGAAGAUGAUGGCGGCCGAGGACGCACCCGCGAAGCGCGAGCCUGCGGACAAGGCCAAGGCGUACCUGAACGACACGGUCGUGGACGCCGAGGGCAAGUCGAAGAAGGCGUCGAAGAAAGAGAAGCAGAAGGCGGCUUUUGGCUGGGACGUCUUCAACCAGGAUUCGCUCUACAAUGCGUACAAGAAGCGGCUGAAUACGCUGCCGCCGGCCGAUGGCGCCGCAUCAGCGCCGAAAGCUGGCAGCACCAGCGACGCCAUCGAACCCUACGAUCCGCUCAACUAUGGUCGGCAAGACAAGGUCUCGGAAGAAGGCGUCGACCGCAUGGUUGCCGAGCUCGCCGACCGCGCGGCCGCCCGCCAAAAGUUUAGCCGCCGGCGCCAGCACCGCGAAGGCGAGGACGUCGACUUUAUCAACGAGCGCAACCGCGUCUUCAACAAGAAGAUCUCGCGCGCCUUCGACAAGUACACUGUCGAAAUCAAGCAAAACCUCGAGCGCGGGACGGCCAUCUAACGCCGUCUCACCUCCGAGGUUCGACGCCGCUGUACAGCAGUACAUGCACAGCAGAGAUCACCCUUUAUUUCACAUCAAUAUUGAGCUUACAUCGUCA